AUGCGUACCUACGACGACACCUUCUCCGGUGCGAAGAUCUACCCAGGAAAGGGCAAGAUCUUCGUUCGCGCAGACAGCAAGAUCUUCCGCUUCCAGAACGGCAAGAGCGAGUCCCUCUUCCUCCAGCGCAAGAACCCACGCCGCAUCGCCUGGACUGUCCUUUGCCGUAGGCAGCGGAGAAAGGGUAUCUCUGAGGAGCAAGCCAAGACCCGCCGUCGCCGUCAAGUCAAGUCCCAGCGUGCAGUUGUUGGUGCCUCUCUCGAUGUGAUCAAGGAGCGCCGCUCCAUGCGCCCAGAAGCCCGCGCUGCUCAGCGCUCGCAGGCGACAAAGGAGGGCAAGGAGAAGCGUGCCGCGCAGCAGAGUAUCAAGAAGGCAGAGAAGGCGAAAACUGCCGCCAGCGCAGCGAAGGGGCAGACCACUGGACGUGUGGUUGGCAAGCAAGCCGCGAAGGGAGCCAAGUCGAAGCCCAUGCCGACAUCUCGUUAA